AUGCUGCUGCUUCUUCAUGUGCUGAUUGUGUCGCUUCUCUCCAGUGGUUCGGCCAGAGUUGUGCAGAAUUUUGAGAGUGAAUGUGGUCAAUUUUUUGCAAAUGGAAAACCACCAACACAAUUUCUUGAUCCAAAAUACAGGAAGAUCUGCCAAACUCUAAAUAAUAACGGUCCUUAUUAUGCCACAUUCUAUGACACUAACAACAAGAUUCCCGUGUACUCAGCCUUCAAGUUUGAAGGACUAAAGGACUGCGAAAGACUAGACAAGUGGUACAUUGAACCUCAGCUUGACGACAAUAAUGCAUCACCAGACAUGAAACUAGAGAAAGAUGUGAAAAAACAAGGACUUGGAGACUAUCAAGCUCUCAAUAAAGAUUAUAUAAAGUCUGGCCAUGACAGAGGUCAUCUGGCACCAGUCUACCAGGCACAGUCACAGAGCUGUGCGGAUGCCACCUUCACUCUCACCAAUGCUGCUCCACAAAACUCCUCUUUUAACCGAGGCCAGUGGAGGGUACUAGAAGAACAAAUGGCAAAAAAUCUGUCCGAUCAAUGUCUACCGAAAAAUUAUACUGUUUAUAUUGUGACAGGGGUGGUACCAGGUAAUAAUACAAUAAACAAUAGAGUGAAUGUGCCUAGUCAUUUCUGGACUGCAUACUGCUGCCUAGACAACAAUAACAAAUGUCAGAUUUCAGGAGGAUUUAUUGGAGUGAAUGAGAACAUCACUCCUGAAGAAAAACCUACUGUGAUGAAUUUAGAGAUAGAGUUGGCGAAGCUUUAUAAAGUUGCAUCUUUUGAGUUGUUUGAUAGCUCUACAGAACCCCCAGCAAAGAAACCUAAAACCCAAAAAUAAAAAUGCUCUUUCAAAAUAAAUCAUUAUAGAACUAUUGUCUUACAGCUUGUAUGUUUGACUCUAAUGAAUAAUCAAAACAGUUUUAAUGUGUAUAAAUGAACUUUAUCAUAUCACACUAAUCUGGAAUAAAGAAUGGU